AUGGUGAGACAUACCGGUAAAUUAGAUAGAAGAAUAGAAAGGAGAGAAAAGGCACUAUUAUUACUAGAAAGAGCUCAUAUACAACUUGCAAAAAAUGUUUAUCGAUUUAUUAAACGAAGAAAAUUAUUUGGAAAUGGAUUUUGGUUUAAAAUUUUCAGCUGUAAUAAAGAUAAUGACGUUCCAGCUUUGACAGUUGAAUCUGGUGAAACAAGAGAACAUCAAAGAAUUCAAUCUAUUAUAGAAAAGGUUGACAUAAGAAAAAGAAAGCAUAUUAUGGAUUAUGAGGAUGGUUAUGGUCAUCAACUUUCAAUAUGGGAAUCAUUGUCGCGCAUUCCCAAAUCUUCACUUGAUAAAUUUCAACCGAAAAGUGGAUUUUUUAGUGGUGGCAAAACUGACUAA